GUCGUAUUUCGUGCGCGACAGAAACACCCCGCAGGAGAGGAUGUCUCUAUAAAAAAAAACGUUGAGUAUGUUUUGAUAUUGCAAUAUAUUGCAUUGCUGUUCUUCGCAUGGAGUUGAUUUUACAACGUUAUAUGUAACAAACUCAAGAGGAUCAAUGUCUUUUCUUCGUUGGGUAUCUGAGAAAUUGAGUGUGGAGAGCCUGCGAGAUCUGGAGUUAUUCGGAGAGCAAGCUCAGGGACUCUCCCACAGGAAAAACCAUGAGGACAGUCGGGAGAGUCUGACCUCGCUGCCCCGUCCAGACACCAUGGGCAGCUUCCUGCCUGACAGCGGCUCAUACGACCUCCUCGCCGUUAUCGGGAAGGGUUUGGAUGACUUGUUGACUGUGAACCAGGCUCGGUUCAAACCCACCGGGGAGCACGUGGCCGUUCGGCGGAUCGACUUGGAGUCCUGCACUAAUGACAUGGUGACCUAUCUGCAGGGUGAACUACAUGUGUCCAAGUUGUUUCAUCACCCCAGUAUUCUACCUUACAAGAGCGUCUUUAUAGCUGAAAAUGAACUGUGGGUUAUUACACCGUUCAUGGCUUACGGGUCGGCUCGAGACCUCAUCUGCACGCAUUUUACUGAUGGGAUGAGUGAGCUGACCAUCGCGUACAUCCUGCUAGGCAUGCUUAAAGCCCUGGAAUACAUCCACCACAUGGGAUACGUGCACCGGAGCGUGAAGGCCAGCCACGUUCUGAUCUCUGCAGACGGACAGGUCUGCAUGUCUGGUCUGCGGAGCAUUUUCAGCCUGAUCCGUAAUGGCCAGAGGGCGAAGGUGGUCCACGACUUCCCUCAGUACAGCGUGAAGGUGCUGCCGUGGCUGAGCCCAGAAGUGCUGCAGCAGAAUUUGCAAGGCUACGACUCUCGGUCGGACAUCUACAGCCUUGGAAUCACAGCCUGUGAACUGGCCAAUGGACACGUGCCCUUUAAAGACAUGCCAGCUACACAGAUGCUCCUGGAGAAACUAAACGGGACGGUUCCAUGUUUGUUGGACACCACCACCAUUCCACCAGAGGAGCUGUCUCUGAAGCCGUCCCGCUCCGGUGCCGACUCUGGGAUCUGCGAGGGUCCGAGAGCAGGAGGGGCUCGACAGUCCAACGGGGAGCCGUCCUCGUCAUCGGGACACCCCUACAACCGAACGUUCUCCCCUCAGUUUCACAACUUUGUUGAACUGUGUUUACAGCGAGAGCCAGAAAACAGACCGUCUGCCUCCACUCUCAUUGGGCAUCCUUUCUUUAAACAGAUCAAACGUCGACCUCUGGAGGCGCUGCCCGAGCUCUUGCAGCCCGUGGCACCCAUCACUUGCUUCGAGAGCCCCCAGCCACAGGAUUCUGUUUCUGGACUGGCGAGUCUGGAGUCCGGCUUCAGCCACCUGGAGGUGGACGACUGGGACUUCUGACGGAGGAGCACGUACAGGACCAGCAUAUUGUGUUGCUAAAGCCUGAGCAGAAGAUGGAUUCAUUUUUGUUACGGCCUCGUAAAUGUUAAAGUCAAAGGAGUCCGUGUUGUCGGAGGGUAACGGCAGUCGUUUUGCCUGUUUUUGGCGUCUCGCUCACACUUCUGCUCUUUGACGAUGCACGAACUGUCAAGAGGCACUGAUGACCUCUCGCACAUCUUCUUACAGAUUGUACGCUCACAGGACGGCUCCGUUUGAGUUGUCCGCCCUUAAUCUGAAAGGUCAGGAGAUGGAUAAUGUGACGUUGCUACUAAAUAUUCAGAGGAAACACUCCACCUUUUGUGUUAACAUGCGAUUUGGUCCAUCUGCUCAGAGGGCCCACCAUACGGAGAGCCAGCAGGUCUCGCCACCAGCUCUGUUGGCCCAGAUGGACGUUUUUGUUGCGAGGGUCAAACAGCACGUAAAUGCAUUUCUUCACUUUUUGUUUGCGUUACAGCCCAAACGACAGCCGUGCUCGAAUUGUCCACUCACUACAUCAUGCACGAGAAACUGAUCAGUAAGUCGUACAGAACUGGCGGAGGUGGAUCGUAAUGCUUUCCAGCUCAGCCGGCUAAUCGAGGCUAAUGCUGCGGCUCGUUGUUGUGAUUUUAAUCAGACUCAGUAAAAAAAUGCUUUUGAAUAUUUUAAUAUAAUGUGGCUCACCUCUCCCUCUGCCUAAGCUGUGGGGCUUAUGAGAAAAUGUACAAAACAUAAAAGUCUAAACACGAAACAUUUUAAAGACAUAAAGCUGCAUUUCAUCCCUCACGAUGCUGCCUGGCUUGUCGGACAACUUUAAAAUUAGUUCUAAACAAAAAUCUUUUGUGAUAAUUCGCAGUCGGAAGGUUUUAGUUGCAGCUGCAGACCGUGGUUGUGUAAAUAAAUGUGCUCCGGAGAGAAGAGAGAUGUUUAUUACGACAUUCAGGCAUGUAUUCCAACAGAUGUCACCUGGCUGAAUACUUGGUAAUUAUCAAGUGCGCUUCGUUCAAAAUGCAGAAAUACCACGUGUCCUCGAUCUGAUUUACUAGAGACCGCAGUGCAGUGAGUGAAGAUUUCAAACACGGCUGCAAAGUUCACCUUUUGUUGCACAGAGGUUGUAAUUGUUAAGUUUACCCUCAAGUUCUCUGGGCGUUCCUCACGUCAAACUAAGCGAACGUUUUAUUGUUUUGUCUGCAUGUACG